UAAAUCUAUUCUAUACUUCGUCUGUGGUUAGGCUUUUGCAGUAAAAAUGUGUUUUAUUUAUGCAUAUAUACCAUAUGUUGUAAUUUUAUAGAAGCAAAUUAUGGUAUUCUGAUUUCUUUUUUCCUGAAAAACUAUAUACAUACUACAUAUUAUGAUUAAGUUAUAUAUUAUUUCCUACCCAGUAUAAAUAUAUAUAAAGUGAAAAAGAGAAGCUACAAAUAUAUUGAUACAUAUAAUUACUAUGGAUCAAUAGUAAAAAAAUAAAGAUAAAAGUUUGCAUUUGAUGUAUAGUUAAAUUAAAACUUUUUAAAUGUAUAUUUAAAGCAAUAAUAUUAUAAGUAUAUAAUGAAAGCAUUUCCUCAAACCAUUGCAAGAGUUUGCCCAUUUAUUACUCUAUUAUAUAGCAUAACUAAUGUCAUUCUAACAAUAUAUAUUAAUGAAAAAAUUACUCCAGUUUUCAUAUUUUUUUGUGUCCAAGUAUAUUUAAAUUGGUACUCUGUGUAUACCAUAAGCCAUAAUGCAAAAACUAUGGAAGUUAAAGCAAUGGGAAAGAAAUUUUUAAUACAUAAUAGAACAGAUAAUAGUACAGAAUAUAAAUAUUGGUACUGCGAAAAAUGUGCUACUUAUACAUGUAAACCAACGCAGCAUUGCAUCUUUUGUAAAAAAUGUUUUCAUUUUAGAGAUCAUCAUUGUUUUUUUUUAGGUGCUUGCAUAUUAAGACAAAAUAUAGGUAAUUUUAUCUUAUUUUGUUUUUAUACAUCAUUAACAUGCAUAUAUUCAUUAUGUACUCUUGGGCCAUAUUUAUAUGAAAAUAUUAAUCGUGUAAUAAGAACAGACACAGAUUCGUUCAAUAUAUUUCUGAACUUCUGUUUUCCUAUCGCUCUUGUUAGAUUAUUACAUUUUAAAGAAAACACAUAUAUAUUACUGGUUACUAUGUUCGAUGUACUAGUUUCCAUUUUAUGUAUUUGUUUGGUGUAUGCAACUUGGAAGCUGCACAGUUGUAUGACCGGUAAACAACGAUAUGCAAACAUAUCAGGCAGACAAAGUUUGAAAGAAAUUUUCGGAAGUUACGGUCUUUCAAACAUUAUUUUUCCAUAUAAUGGGCUUAUAGGCACUAGAGAUCUUAAUGGAAAAUAUGAAUUGAAACAAGUAUAAAUGCAUGUAAUUAUAAACAUAAAUCAGUAAAUUAUUAUACCAUAUAAAACAUGUUUAUACAUUUUUAUACAUGUAUGUACAUAUAUAAGAUAAAAUACAUAUUUCUUAAUCAUUAUAAAUUGUAUUAUAAUAAAUAUCACACAUAUUUAAUACAGUUACACAUCAAUCUUCAUACAUCAUACUACACUCUUUAUAUAAAUUUUUGCAAAUACAUUUAAACAAUUGCAAUAUAUUAUGGCGUAUAAAAUAAUUUAUUGUUACUAUAUUCCUAUAUGUAAUAAAAAUUUAUCAAGGAUAAUCAGAAUCAUACACUUUAUUUUACUUUUAUCUGAAUCAUAAGAGUAAAACAUAAGAAUAAAUGAAGUUAUUAUGUGGUAAUAUUUUUUUUAUAGUAAGAUCAAUUGGCAAUGAAAGAAGUGUAUUUUUUUUUUUUUAAUGAAACACAGCUCUUUACAGAAACAAAAUUAAUCACAUAUUGAUCUGUAACAAAAUUACCAAUAAAAUUAACAGAGAUUUCUGCGCAUUUUAAUACUCAAUACAAAUUUAUUUUUAAAGUUACUUACCAUAAAGUGUCUAAAUUUAAAUUAUAAUUCUGUAUGUGCAUGAUGUGGGCUUUAAAAUCAUUAGGGUGAUAAAAUAC